GGGAGAGCGAGGCAGCACCACACCCCUACCGCCCACUCCCCCGGCCGCCGCCGCAUCUGCGCUCUUAGGGCCUCUCCUUCCCCAUCCCCAAAUUUCCCCUCCGGCCAUGGCCACCGACGGCACAGGCGUCGUCACCGUCUACGGCUCCGGCACCAACGGUGCCGCCUUGCUCGAGCCCUCCAACCACAAGUCCGCCACCUUCUCCGUCAAGGUGGGCCUCGCCCAGAUGCUGCGCGGCGGCGUCAUCAUGGACGUCGUCACCCCCGAACAGGCGCGCAUCGCCGAGGAGGCCGGUGCCUGCGCCGUCAUGGCCCUCGAGCGCGUCCCCGCCGACAUCCGCGCCCAGGGCGGCGUCGCCCGCAUGUCCGACCCUGGCCUCAUCCGCGACAUCAAGCGCGCCGUCACCAUCCCCGUCAUGGCCAAGGCCCGCAUCGGCCACUUCGUCGAGGCCCAGAUCCUCGAGGCCAUCGGCGUCGACUACGUCGACGAGAGCGAGGUCCUCACCCUCGCCGACGACGCCCACCACAUCAACAAGCACAACUUCCGCGUCCCCUUCGUCUGCGGCUGCCGCGACCUCGGCGAGGCCCUCCGCCGCAUCCGCGAGGGCGCCGCCAUGAUCCGCACCAAGGGCGAGGCCGGCACCGGCAACGUCGUCGAGGCCGUCCGCCACGUCCGCUCCGUCAUGGGCGACAUCCGCGCGCUCCGCAACAUGGACGACGACGAGGUCUUCUCCUACGCCAAGCGCAUCGCCGCGCCCUACGACCUUGUCAUGCAGACCAAGCAGCUGGGCCGUCUACCAGUCGUUCAGUUUGCGGCCGGCGGUGUGGCCACCCCCGCCGACGCUGCCCUCAUGAUGCAGCUCGGCUGCGACGGCGUCUUCGUCGGCUCCGGCAUCUUCAAGAGCGGCGACCCCGCGCGCCGCGCCCGCGCCAUCGUGCAGGCCGUCACCCACUACAGCGACCCCAAGAUCUUGGCGGAGGUCAGCAGCGGGCUCGGCGAGGCCAUGGUUGGCAUCAACCUCUCCGAUCCUAAGGUGGAGCGCUUCGCCGCCCGCUCCGAGUAGCCCAUCCAUCAUCAUUCAUAUCCGCCUUAUCCUUCUUUCGCUAUAUAUAUAUGCUCCUUCCUUCGAUUAAGUAAUAAUUACAUCUACUAUCAUCGUCGUGAUAAGAAGAAAAUGAAUUAGACACCAGCCAGCCAGGACUUUGUUGGCUUGGCUCACUUCCCUUCCCUUCCCUUCUUGGUGAUGAUGUAACAUGGAACAGCACAUGUAUCGAUUAGGAGCAUGUAUUGUUAUUUUUGCUAAUUGCUGUGGACUGGAUCCAUUUCUAUGGAAACUGUCAUACUUCCCGUUCUGUUGGUA